UUCAAAGCAACACUACUGUUCAAAGAAAGUAGAAUUAACAAAGUAGAUCUAAAUGGAGAAAAGGCAGAAAGUAGCUACUUUUGGCCAAGGCCCAAGAUGUAUACUCGGAAGUAAAUCAGAAGUAAACUCGGAAGAUGUAUACUCGGAAGUAAGUUGGAAUUCAGUGGGAGUUACUUCCUAGCACACACAUGUCAUUUGUGUGUACUAUGACUCCUAUCUUCUUCUAGAAAAGUAUCUGCCUUCUACAGAACCAGCUUUCCUGGAACCAUUUAUUUUGUGUCAAUGAGCACCUACACUGUGGAAAGAAUUUGUGGAGUUUGGAGGACUUUGCUUGCUUUCAAUCCCUUGGAAGGAUGCUGGGUGCAAAACAAUGGCUCUGCAGAAUCAUCCUGCUGUUCAUUUCAUUCUAUUCUGGAACGGGGAGGAUUCAACAAGUGCUGGCACCCCCAGGUUUUAUAGAAACUGCCUGUUUUUCCAGUAUGUUUUGGAUGAAAUUGGAUGAAUCAUUUUUGCAGAAAAAACACCUCAGGAUAGAAAUAAUGGAUCACUCAGGUGUCACCGUCUUGCCUGACAAGGAGGUGGAAGCUCGCUGUGGCUAUGUCCUGUCAGAAGAUGUGUGGGGAAAUCGGAUCUUUCGGGCUUCUUUUCUUGGUUGUCAUGUUACAAAUGAGAGGGAUGAAAAGUUCUCUCUUACUGUAAAUAUCAAAGUGUCAUCAUUUGAAGACAUGAGAGCAUCUACAACUUAUCAGCGUAUCAUGAGCUGUCAUUACUUCCCAUGGGCUCCACGGGAGAUUGUGUGUGAAGAAAAUUACAUGGAGGUGUCAGUGAAGAGUGACGUCCCUGUGAUUUCUGAUGAUGAGACUCAUAAAUGGAUGUCGGCCCUUCCUGAGACAGAAAGAGUUGCCUAUCAGAUAUGGCAGCUGAUAUUCUAUUCUCCUUCAGGGAGAAAGACAACAUUGGUGAGUGAUGCCAGUAAACUAGGCUACAGCUUCAAUAAUACACUGACAAGAGUUUUCCUUCGAUCUCCAUACUACACAAAUGAAUCUGAACAUUCAGUGGUUGAUGGUGUCACUAUGAGCACAGUCAGUUCCACUUCCAUGUACAAACAAAGAUGGCUUCUCCUCAUGAUUGAUACCACUGUAUCAUGCCCUGUUGAUGGUACCAGCUUCACAGAUGCUGUCAUAAGAUGGACUGUGCCAACUGUGAUUCCUAGAUUGGUCCUUCAACAACAAACCUUCAGGUCCCUUAAUAUAUCAAUGGGAGUUGGAGGGAAAAGAAUAGAAGACCCUACAAAGUUCAACUAUAAAUUGGAAUAUAAUAACACACACACUGGGAUAAAAAUCCCAAUUGGAGCAUCUGGGGGCAGAUUUAAGAGCACUGUAUCCAGUGGUGUCUAUGGAAUGACAUGGAGUAUUGACUUAUUUUUGGAACAUGCCUGGACAGAUACAGACUGGCAGCUGACCAAGUAUACAGUGAUUAAACCAAUCACUACACCCUUCAUGCCACAAAUACCAACAGUAGUCAAUAACACCGUUCCAUCAAUGCGACUCUUUGAUGUCCUGUUGGGAGUCUUCCUUCCUGAUGUCACUCUGGUAACACUUACAAUAGGAGGCAUACCUUUAACUCUCAAAGAAGCAGAACAAAAGGGCUACAAGAUUUCUGAUAUUUCCUUUCCUAACGGAACAAAAGGUUUUAGACUGGAAGUACCUUUUGAUGAUCCCAUUGUCCAGAAAGAGUAUAUAAACAAGAAUGAAACUAAAUAUUCCCUCUAUGUGAACUACACACUGAAUGUGGGUCCUGAGAAGAAGCUAUACCACCAUCUUGCAGACGUAGAAUGCGUAGUUGCAGAUAUUGUACUGCCAGAAGGCAUUGGGUAUUGUGACAAAGCAAACAUGUAUUUAGCUAUUCCAACCAGUGACAUGUACAAAUAUUGGCGCCUUUAUGUAGGCAAUAAGCCUUUAAAUCAAGCUACUGCCUUUUCAGAUGGAUAUUUUCUCACUACAAAUGACACUCAUCUUGUAUUACAAGUUCCUCUCUUUGCUACUGGGAUUAUCUAUGAGGAAGUUUCAUUUGAAAGAAUCCAAGCAAGAUUUGAUCUUACCCUGAAAAAGACCAUCACUAUGGAGACUGUGGAUAUCUUCUCCAUUACGUGCAGUUUUUACUUCCCAGAAUUUGUAGUAUGCUAUCCUAAUGGGACAGUAACUGUAUCUGCUCUUAUGAAGACAGUUCCAUCUAUUGACAUGGGCAAAACAAGACUGAAGGACAGCACUUGUAAGCCAAAAGAGUUUACCAAAGAACGAGCUUUCUUCCAGUUUCACGUUUCUACUUGUGGAACUUUGGUGAAGUUUGAAGACAACCGUCUUAUUUAUGAAAAUGAAAUAUCCUUUGAAAAAGAGACUCUUCCAGUUCAGGGACCACCGACCAUCACAAGAGACCCAGAAUACAGGCUAACUAUAUUGUGCUACUACCCACUCAAAGAGACAGUAGCACAAACAGCCAUUAUCUUUGGCUCUUCAUCUGAAAUAUCACAACCUUCUGGCUAUGGUCCAAUAAUUACAAGAUCAAACACGGCAGGUUUUAGAAGAGCAAGACAAACUCCGAAUGUAAUUGCAAAUGUGUUCAAAGAUGACUCUUUCGCAGAAACUUAUGGAACACAUUCAAUAGCUGUCAAAUACUUAUGGGAGCCUAUAUUUCUUGAAGUUCAACUAAAAGAUGAAGCUUCUGAUGCUGAACUGGACUUGGACAAUUGUUGGAUAACCGAGUCUGAAGAAUUCGACAGUAUUCCCCGGUGGAAAUUCAUUGCAAAUGGAUGUGAGGACAAAACCCAUGGGUCUGUGAACUUCUAUCCAGUGUUUAAAAGUGACAGAGUGAAAUAUCCUAAUCACUUUAAAAGAGUGGGAAUACAGGUGCUGAUUCUUCUUCCAAGAGAGGUAUAUUUCCACUGUACAGUCACAGUCAGUAAUUCUCCUUGCGUGCCUGUUAAUGACAAUCUCUUUAAAGAAUGCAUUUCUAGAAGGAACCUUGAUCAGCAUUCUGAAACUCUUCCUAUUCGCCAUGGUUAUGUUGUGGCUGGACCAGUCUUGAUUCUUCAUCCUGAAUAAAUUAAGCUGCUGGGCAUACAAAAAAAUUAGAUAUAGCUAGACAAUUCUAUCUGCUGCAGUUGGUCUCUAGAUUCCCAGCAUUGCCUUGGACUACUUUAAAUGUACACAUCACAUUAGAUUCUUAUGUCAGAUCUAUGUAAAUUAAAAUCAAGAAGUGCAAACCA